UCGCGCUCGGUCUUGCGCUGUCAGCUACUGCCCCGCUCGCGCCGCCUCGCGCUCUCCCUCAGUCAGUGGCGCCGAAGGCUCCGUUAAGCGGCGGCGGCGGUUCCUGUUUCCGUUUCUUCCUCUCCCUUCAGCCGGGAGUAGCAUCCUCCACCCAGCCACCCCUCCCACUCCCCAACGCGCGGCAGCUGCGGCUGAGGGCUGUGGCGGCGGCGGCAACUGGGGACCGCGGAGACCGCUUCUGCUCUCGCCUCGGGUUGCUGCUUUUGCUGAGAGAGUCCCCAUGAACUUGAUGGUGUUUUCAUUCAAGAUACAGUGCUCAAUAUAUCGACUUUAUUGAUUAACUGAAAAAUUCAGAGACAUCAAAGAAAAACACAACCAACUAUUAGAUUCACAUUUCCAUUGGAUGAUGUUCUGAAGCUGCAGAAGGAGCUUUGAAAAUUUUAAACACAGUUGAACAGAGGUUCCAAAAGGUCAUAAUUGAUGAAUGUUCAGGGUCUGUCUCUGCAAAGAGGUGACAUUUAAAUAGAGAUCUGAAUUACUAGAACGAGCCAAAGGAAUUGAAGGUCAGGUAGAAGGAACAGCAAGAAUGAAGUCCCCAUGAUAGCAUGUAGAGUACAUGAAGCACAGGACAAUAAAACUUCCUACUCGUACCAUCAGGAGGAUCUCUUUGAAGGAUUCACCUCAGGACUACCAGAGACACUAAUUUGAAGCAUCAUGUGGUAAAACAACAGAAGGCGACUACUACCUUUGGACUAGUUAGAAACAGAGUUACAAUGUUUUCAAUUCUUUGAAAUCCAGGAAGCCAAGGGAGUGAAUUAAAAAUCUGAAAAUGCGGCCAUGGACUGGUUCCUGGCGUUGGAUUAUGCUCAUUCUUUUUGCCUGGGGGACCUUGCUAUUUUAUAUAGGUGGUCACUUGGUACGAGAUAAUGACCACCCCGAUCACUCUAGCCGAGAACUGUCCAAGAUUCUGGCAAAGCUUGAACGCUUAAAACAGCAAAAUGAAGACUUGAGGCGAAUGGCCGAAUCUCUCCGGAUACCAGAAGGCCCCAUUGACCAGGGGCCGGCUUCAGGAAGGGUUCGUGCUUUAGAAGAGCAGCUUGUGAAGGCCAAAGAACAGAUUGAGAAUUAUAAGAAACAGACUAGAAAUGGUCUUGGGAAGGAUCAUGAAAUCCUACGGAGGAGGAUUGAAAAUGGAGCCAAAGAGCUCUGGUAUUUUCUACAAAGUGAAUUGAAGAAAUUAAAGAAUUUAGAAGGACUUGAACUCCAAAGACAUGCAGAUGAAUUUCUGACAGAUUUAGGACAUCAUGAAAGGUCUAUAAUGACAGAUCUAUACUACCUCAGUCAAACAGAUGGAGCAGGUGAUUGGCGGGAAAAAGAGGCCAAAGAUCUGACAGAGCUGGUUCAGCGGAGAAUAACCUAUCUUCAGAAUCCCAAGGACUGCAGCAAAGCCAGGAAGCUAGUAUGUAAUAUCAACAAAGGCUGUGGCUAUGGCUGUCAACUCCAUCAUGUGGUCUACUGCUUCAUGAUUGCAUAUGGCACCCAGAGAACACUCAUUUUGGAAUCUCAGAAUUGGCGCUAUGCCACUGGUGGAUGGGAAACUGUGUUUAGACCUGUAAGCGAGACCUGUACAGACAGAUCUGGCAUCUCCACUGGACACUGGUCAGGUGAAGUAAAGGAUAAAAAUGUUCAGGUGGUUGAGCUCCCCAUUGUCGACAGUCUUCACCCUCGUCCUCCGUAUUUACCCCUGGCUGUACCAGAGGACCUUGCAGAUCGACUUGUACGACUCCAUGGUGACCCAGCAGUGUGGUGGGUGUCCCAGUUUGUCAAAUACUUGAUCCGCCCACAGCCUUGGCUGGAAAAGGAAAUAGAAGAGGCCACCAAGAAGCUUGGCUUCAAACAUCCAGUUAUUGGAGUCCAUGUCAGACGCACAGACAAAGUGGGAACAGAAGCAGCUUUCCAUCCCAUUGAGGAAUACAUGGUGCACGUUGAAGAGCAUUUUCAGCUUCUUGCUCGCAGAAUGCAAGUGGAUAAAAAAAGAGUAUAUUUGGCCACAGAUGAUCCUUCUUUGUUAAAGGAGGCAAAAACAAAGUACCCCAAUUACGAAUUUAUUAGUGAUAACUCUAUCUCUUGGUCUGCUGGACUACACAAUCGAUACACAGAAAAUUCACUUCGGGGUGUGAUCCUGGAUAUACACUUUCUCUCCCAGGCAGACUUCCUAGUGUGUACUUUUUCAUCCCAGGUCUGUCGAGUUGCAUAUGAAAUCAUGCAAACACUGCAUCCUGAUGCUUCUGCAAACUUCCAUUCUUUGGAUGAUAUCUACUAUUUUGGAGGCCAAAAUGCCCACAACCAGAUUGCCAUUUAUCCUCACCAACCUCGAACUGCAGAUGAAAUCCCCAUGGAACCUGGAGAUAUUAUUGGUGUGGCUGGAAAUCAUUGGGAUGGCUAUUCCAAAGGUGUCAACAGAAAACUGGGAAGGACGGGCCUAUAUCCCUCCUACAAAGUCCGAGAGAAGAUAGAAAUGGUCAAGUACCCCACAUAUCCUGAGGCUGAGAAAUAAAGCUUAGAUGGAAGAGAAAGACAGCCAAAAUCAGUUCAGUCCAUUUGAGCCAAACAGUAGAUGAAGAAGGCCCUGCCCAGCAACACCUGGUUAAAUGAGUAGACACCCUCAGCACCAGGAACAACUGAGAACUCACACUUCAUUGGUGGAAUUCCUCUCUACCAAGGGCUCUAAUGCCCUGAAUCCAUGCACAGUCCAAUAAUGUACUCACAUGUAACAUGCAGAUUGUUUUCUACUUUGCCCCUUCUUUCAAGAUUAUGUCCCCAUGAAACAAACACUGCCACAUUGUGUAAUUUAAGUGACACAGACAUUUUGUGUGAGAUUUCAAACAUGGUGCCUAUAUCUGAGAGACCUAUAUGACCUAAUGGGAAGACCUGAAUAGCUCCCUACUCUAGGGAGGUUAAUUAUUAGCCAGUGGUGGUAUUAAAACCACUGAAUUCACUCCAGUCAACAGAUUCAGAAUGAGAAUGGAUGUUUUUGUCUGGAAUUUUUUUUUUUAAGUAAUUGCACCAGUUUAUCCACCUCAUCAUUAAUAAGUGAAGGAUACAUCUGAAAAUAAAUAUUCACAUUCCAUUAGGAACUUUUGUAAAACAAUGCCAUGAACAGUCUCUUUAGUACUCAAUGUUUCUGGACAUUCUCUUUGAUAACAAAAAAUAAAUUUUAAAAAGGAA